AUGUCGGUGAUCUUCAGAGCUUACGUUCGCGGCAGGAAGAAGCGGAUCGCGAUCGUCGGCGCGCUGCUGCUGCCGUUCAUGUACUUCGUCGGCGUGCACGACGUGCUGCCAGCCGACCUCGAGCCGCCGACGCCGCCGACGCCGCCGACGUUCCACCUCGAGCUGGUCGUGCUCACCUACGACCGGCCGCAUUCGCUCCGUCGUCUGCUCGAUUCGCUCGAAGCGGCAGAGUACGACGGCGACGCCGUGACGCUGCGCAUCUGCAUCGACGGGCCGCGCGACGAGGGCGCGCGCGCCGCACACGCCGAAAGCGUCGACGUCGCCCGUCGCUUCUCGUUCUCGCAUGGCAAGAAGCUGCUCGACGUGCGCGAGAGCAACGUCGGCGCUUACGUGCAGUGGUUCGACUGCUGGCGGCCCGGCGAGGCUCCGCACGCGUACGGUAUAAUCCUCGAGGACGACCUGCGCGUAUCGCCGUAUUUCUACCGCUGGCUGAAGCCGGCGCUGCUCACCUACGCCGACAAUCCGCAGGUCGGUGGCGUGACGUUGCAGCGGGGCACGCUCGUCGCACGCAGCGGUAAGCACCGCAACCCGCUGUGCGUCGGCUGUGGCGACACGGCCGCCUUCCUCUACCGACUACUCGGUACGUGGGGCUUCGCGCCGAUGCCGCGACAGUGGCGCCGCUUCCAGCGCUGGGUGCACGAGGCGAUGAAGGACGCAGAGUUCGUGCCGUACGUGCGCGACGCGCGACUCAUCACGAACGCCUGGCUGCGCAAGCGACACUCCAUUAUGAAAACAAUGCCCGCGGCGUACACGAUCCACUACCUGGCGAAGAACCAACUGUACACGGUGUACGCGAACCUACCGGACAACGCGACGCUGGCGUGCAACCACCGCGAGGCGGGCAUGAACUACCGCAAGAAUCAUGGCGACAUCGUCCUCGGCGAAUGUGACUUCGAGCCGCUGCGACACUGGGAGAAGCGAUUCACGGAGUUCCCCUAUAAUCCGGUUCGACUCGGAUGGGAUGCGCUCCCCGAGUCCGAUAUGGAUCCGUAACGACGUAAUUGUAAUUCUUCUUUUGGCUUGAAGUUUGCUAUAAGGUAACCUUGCCAAUGGUUUACUACACGGUUAUUUGUUUCACCAUCAAGCAUUCUAGCCAGCCAUCAAAGAUCAUGCGAAUGAAUAUGCAUGCUAUCGUUAUACUAAUCAAUGGAGAAGGAAAAACAUUAAACUACCAUUGAUGACUAGGGUUACUUAUACGGUAUAGCCUUCCGGUCGGUAAUUCUAUAUGUAAAAACGACGAGUUCUAAAUUUAUAUUUUUGAGACACUAUUGCAUCAUUCUCAUUAUUAUAGUCAUCAUAACAAACAUAAGCAAUUUAUAGAAGACCAUGAAAAACCGAAGACGAAGAUGGAAGAAGAAGAAGAAGAAGAAGAAUAAGAAGAAGAUGAUGAUGAUGA